AUGGCGUCCCUUGAUAAAAUGAAGAACCCGCUCUUCGUCGGGAAGGCAAUCCGUGCUCAGCUCGAAAGUGAAGUGCCAAAGGAUUUGCCACUUGAUAGGGAUUUCCGAGAAGGAUCGGAUUAUACCAUCACUGACCAUGUCAAUGGGUUACACGCCAGCCUGUGUCCUGACAAGCGCACGCUCGAACUGUUUACUUCGCUCAUUAACCACAUACAUGCCUUUGCCCGAGAAACACGGCCUACACACGCAGAGUGGACCAAGGCAAUUGAAUACCUGACUCGCGCAGGGAAGGAGAGUACCGAAUUCAAGAACGAGUUUGUCCUGCUUAGCGACUGCAUGGGUGGUUGUACGGAUGGCUGCGAGCCUGGGCCAUUUUAUACGACCGAUGCCCCAGAAAUUCCCUCCGGCUCAUCUGUUGCUAUACCGGGUACCGCGGGCGAGCUUCUCUACUUUAGCGCAACAGUGAAGAAUACGAAAGGAGAGGAGAUCCAAGGCGUCAAAGCCGAGAUGUGGCAAGCGGACGGAGACGGGCUGUAUGACGUUCAGUAUCCUGGCCGUCCAGACAUCAAUGAUCGCGCACGUAUAAUUGCCGAAUCGAAUGGGAACUUUAAUUAUCGCGGCAUCCUUCCUGUGGCUUAUCCCAUCCCGAACGACGGACCGAUCGGUGACUUUCUACGAGCAUUGGGUCGGCAUCCACACCGAUCAUCCCAUAUUCAUUUCACGCUUACUGCCCCAGGAUAUGACGACUUGACGACCGCCUUGUACCCAUCGUUCUCACCAUUCCUCGGCACAGAUCCUGUUUUUGCGACGAAGAAAUCUCUAGUGACAAGAGUUGUCGAGGAGACAGAUCCGAAGAAAUGGGAGGAGAUGGGUUUUAACCCGGAAGAAGUGAAGAAAGGUACGGGGAGGGUCUGGGUUUGGAAGUAUGAUUUCGUACUACCGUCAGUGGAGGAGGUUGAGAAGCUGAAGAGUGAGAUCAAGUCAAAGCAGUCGAGGCUGUAG